AUGGAUGUUCUACUAAAUUACAAUGUUUAUGUUCCAGCUACUGUGUUAUCCUCAUUUCUAAUUUUGUUUUUGUGGCUGUUUGAGAUAAGUUUUUUGCUUUUGUUUUCGUCAUUGGUUGCAUUCUCUAUUGGAUUUUUAAUUUGCCGUGUUCUACUUCAAAACCCACAAUAUUGCAUUUGGUUACAACAUGUUUUUGCUAACAUUAUUUAUGAAGAUAAAGAACUUGUGGAGGAUAUGAAGGAAAAAUUAGAGGUUGACAACGAGCACUUACUUAAAAACCUAAAUGAUAGUAAAGAGACCGAGGAACCAACAAUUAGACCUUGGGAUCGGCUCAAACUUGAUGAAAAUUUCAAUAAUGAAUUGGAUGAAUUUUUUAAAACUUUGGUCAUAAAUUAUGUUAAUAGUUGGUACAACGAAAAUUUAAGUGAAGAUGAAUCUUUUACUUCAGAAAUUCGCCAAUUAAUAAGACAUUCUUCUGCAAAAAUUUUGACAACAUUUAUGGAAGCUGAUGUUUUGCAAAUAUUUACUGAUGAAAUAAUUCCUGUUAUUAUUGCACAUGUUGAAAGAGUUGUGAGAAUAUUAAAUGAAUUUUCUUCUGAACGAUUUUUUUCAUUUGAAAUACAGUCUGUUUCAUUAAUCGAAUUAAAAAUUUUGGAACAAUGGCCUCCUGACUCACAUUUUGCUACCUUAUCUCAAGAAAAUCAACUAGAUUAUCUCCGAGCAUUAUCAGACUCUCUUAUUUGCAAAUUUGUUGACGAUAUUAGAAUUGGGGGUUGUUUUGUGGAUGAAGAGCAUCAAAAAAUGUUAAAUAGAGAGGGAGCUAUUCCUUUUUCUACAAAGGUUUUUUUAAUUUUUUGGAGUUUAGAAUGGUUUGGAGCCUGGUUCUAUAGUCGAUUUUUGGUCAUAUUUUCUUAG